AUGAAAUACUGGCGACAGCUGUUCUCGACCGGUUAUAUCAAUCCCGACGACAAUUUCUCCGACGUGACCUCCUCGCAGUCAUCCAUGAUAGUGUCGCUGCUGUCUGCCGGUACCUUCUUCGGUGCCUUGACCUCUGCCCCCGUUGCCGAUUACUUCGGUCGGCGUAUUGCCAUGAUCAUAGACUCGUUCGUCUUUUGCUUUGGCGUGAUUCUCCAGACAGCUGCUACGUCGAUCCCGCUGUUUGUUGCAGGGAGAUUCUUCGCUGGGUAUGGAGUUGGUUUACUGUCUGCAACUAGUACGUUCAUGCUCCGCCUGCGUUAG